AUGUGUUUAGAAAUGAAGAUGGAGUUUGAAGGUCGGUUUGGCCAAGCUCAAAGGCAGAAAUAUGAUUGCCUUCUUUUCGAUCAAGAUGAUACUCUUUACCCUGUUAGUGCUGGAUUGGCAGCUGGAGUUCUCAAGAACAUGAAAGAUUAUAUGGUUGAAAAGCUUGGAAUCUUUGCAGAAAAGAUCCCUGAACUAUGUAAUUUGUUGUACAAAAACUACGGGGCCACAAUGGGAGGCAUUCGGGUGGGGCUUUGUGCGAUUUGGAGAAGAAAAAGGGCAUAUAGUCUAUAUUUUCUUUUGAGGUUGGACAUAAAAAAGGAUGAAGGAGAAUAUAAUAGCUUUUGGUAUGCACAUAAAAAGAUUCAAAAAAUCAAAUUGUUGCAACUCUCAUAGUAAUAAUAGUAUGCAAAAGAAGGAAGCAAUGAUGAAGGAAGAAAAGGGCAGUAAAGAAGGUAGCUAGAGACCCGGACCUCGGCUUGUGGUGGGUGUUAGGUGAUGUUGAAGGAUGCGGACAAAAGGGAACUGAAGUAUAAAAUGUCAACAACUUAACGAUUAUUCAUGCUUGAUGUUAAUUUACUGCCAGUGGAAUUUGGAAAAUAGAAUUUCCUUAUAUAGUCUAAUUUUAUUUAGCGUACAAACUUGAAUAUUUACCGGCAGCUAUCGUUGAUUAUGAGGGUUCCCAACGUCGUGUGUUGUGAAUUGUAAAACGCUGAUUCUUGAUUCACGCUUUCUUUUUUCAAUUUAAUUUGUGUUGGG